AUGGGCGCCUGUACAUCCUCACCGGCCAAGGAGCCCUCCCCAUCCACCAAACAAACCACCACCGCCCAACCUACACGCACCGAACCUCCCUCCGCCCCACCCGCAUCCCGCCCCUCAGACACUUCACCACCACCGACAGCCAACGGGAGUUCCUUUGCGCAGGGGCUAGGCGCGGCUUUAGCGGAAGCACCAGCGGGCGGGGCAGACAAGGGACCAGGGGGCAAUAACCGGAGCAAUGCGAUAGACCGGCAGUUGGAGGAUGAUUCCAAGAAGUUUAAAAAGGAGUGCAAGAUCUUGCUCCUAGGCUCGGGAGAAUCAGGUAAAUCGACAAUCGUCAAGCAGAUGAAGAUUAUACAUCAGAAUGGGUACACCAAAGACGAGCUGCUGCAGUACCGGAUGGUAGUACACAAAAACGUGCUCGAUUCAGCACAAGCGCUGAUCAUGGCGAUGCGGAAACUGGGUGUUGAUCCAGAAGAGCCAAACAACCGAACCUACGCGGACCGGAUCCUCGAAUAUAGGAUAGACGCCGAACCACUCGCGCUGGUCUCGUCCGACAUUCUCCAAAAUGUCGACUCGUUAUGGCACGACCCCGUCAUACCGUCCGUCAUGGACCGGUCAUCCGAGUUUUACCUCAUGGACUCCGCGACCUACUUUUUCGGACUCAUUGGCAAGAUCAAGAUGCCAGAGUAUAUCCCGGACGAGGCGGAUGUAUUAAGGGCGCGAACAAAGACGACGGGGAUCAGCGAGACGAGGUUCAAUAUGGGGCAAUUGAGUAUACAUAUGUUUGAUGUAGGCGGGCAGCGGAGUGAGCGGAAGAAGUGGAUACAUUGUUUCGAGGCGGUGACGAGUAUCAUCUUCUGUGUGGCGCUGAGCGAGUAUGAUCAGGUUCUGCUGGAAGAGAAUGGACAAAACCGAAUGCAAGAAUCCCUCGUCCUUUUCGAAUCAGUCAUCAACUCGCGCUGGUUCCUACGCACCUCGGUCAUUCUGUUUCUCAACAAGAUUGACGUCUUCAAGCAAAAAUUACCCAAAGUACCACUCGUACACUACUUCCCGGAAUACACGGGCGGGGCGGAUAUCAAUAAGGCGGCCAAGUAUAUAUUGUGGAGGUUUACGCAAACGAAUAGAGCGAGGUUGAGCGUGUAUCCCCAUUUGACGCAGGCUACGGAUACUAGUAAUAUCCGCCUCGUCUUCGCCGCCGUCAAAGAGACGAUCCUCCAAAAUGCCCUCCGGGACAGCGGGAUCUUAUAG